AUGGUUUUUCAAGCUAUUAAAAUUAUAGUAGAAAGGGUUUUUAGUGAAAGUGAGAAUGGUAAGACGAAACAAAUGCUUAUGGGAGCGUCAGCUGGUUUCGUUACGGGAAUGCUAUCGGUGAGAAUAGGAAAAACUGCAGCUCUGGCACUAGGUGGUGGAAUAAUUCUUCUGCAAAUAGCGAACGAUAAAAAUUACAUAACAGUUCAUUGGGACAAAGUUAAUAGAAAAGUAGACGAAGUCGUCGGUAGUGUCGAGGAAGAAAUCGUUAAAAAACGCAGUUCUUGCACAGAUAAAAUCAAAAUUUUUACGAGAAACAAUACGGCUCUCACUUCGUUCUUUAUCGGUGGCUUUUUAGUCGGUCUGGCGUCUUGA